GCAAGCUCUUUACUCAUUGUGGCGACCACAGCCUUCGGAGUGCGGUCCCCAACUUUGCACAUGAUGAGCUGGUAAAUCAAGUCCCACAGUUCCAGAGCAGCAACACCGAGGCGCCUCCAGGAUUGGUGUUUCAGAAUUAUCGUCACUCUUAUCGGUGAACAUCCUGCUCCCGACGAAGGCAUACUCAGUGAUUGAGUCAAUGGUGAGGCAGCAAAAAGCAGAGCCAGCCUUAGUGCGAUAAUCUCUACCAGGUGCAGUCAAGAUCUCUAAUUUCCUUCACGGUGGAUUUACUCUGUCAAUUAUCAUACUUUCCACCUUGCGAUUAGCUGAAGUAUAGCACAUUGUACAAUUGCUUAAUUUGAUCUGUUGUACUCAUGAGAUUCGAUCAAUCAAUAAUACCAUUAGCCGAGACAGAGCUGGCUGCCAUGUCUUGAAUCUUUGUACAUAGCAAAAAACAUUAAGUUAUUGCUUUUUGUAUGAUGCAGUCUUAAAUGUUCCGGCAAUAUCUUUCAGGGUGAGCGCCCCCCCCUCCCCAAAUUGAUUUCGCACAUUCUUGUCUUCAUAUUUAAGUGAGGCACCUCGUCAAUUUUCGUGCUAUGUAGCUUUUACUUUAGCACAAUUGAUUGUAAAGUCUCGAAAUUUUCGAAGUUCAAGAUUUUCGCGAUCAUGGAUACAGGAGCGUACACAUUGGCAGAAGUAAUGGCUGUUGCGGAAAAUCAUCCUUUCUACAAUGAGGAUAUUUUCUACCCAGCCGAUUCAAAAACAGUCAUUAAACUUCAGGAGUCCGCUUUCAGUAAAGAGAAGAAAGUAGAUCUCCAAGAACAGCCAUUGCUUGAUAAAAAAAACACUGUAUACAAAUCAAUUAAAAGACUCACUCAUGAUCUGGAUCCGAAAAAUACGUAUCGUCAUGGCUCAUACAUGAGUAUUACUGGCGGUGGAUCUGGCUCAAUUCCCAUGAUGUUCGCCGUAGAUGCGCAUGAGAAUCGUCGACAGCGGGCUCGGAUGGGAGAUUUGCUUAGAGUCUGUGGUGUCAUUGAACCGAAAGACUUCGUGCUGUCUACUCACUUGGCUGGAGGUUUUUAUAGAUCACUAGAUCUGACAACAGAAGUGAUCGAAAAUGCAGGAGGGACUGUGCUUAGCGCCGGUGCUUACAUGCCAACUGCCGAAGUUGCACAAUCUCUAGCCAACUACCAUGUCAACGCUCUCACUGGCGAUGGUAGCCAAAUUGUUCAAACUGUCCAACACAUCUCCAUGAUGGCGAAAGAAGAUCGGGGGCGUAUCGUUCUGAACAAGAUCAUCUACACCUCGGAGCCAUUGACCGGUCCUCAACGCGUGUUUAUCAAGUCUGUACUGGGUGAUGUUGAGAUUUUCUCAAUGAUGGGUAGUGCUGAAGCGGGUCCCUGGGCAAUCAGCAGUCCAAAGCUGACUGGAGAGCAAGACGUCAAAGAAAUUGCUACCGAUUUUAUCUAUGACACGCGAAGUAUGUUAAUCGAGAUCUUGCCUCUUUCCGUCAGUGAUAGUACAGCUCCAGAUAUUUUCAAAUGCCUUCCCGAGGUUGAGAAAGGUCUCAUGGUACAAACUUCGCUCCAAAGAUUGCGCAACCCACUAAUACGCUAUAUCACCGGCGACAUUGGCUCGAUUCAUCCACUUCCGGAUACAGCCUCUACCGUAGUUUCUGAGCUUGACCGGAAAUUUCUACGUAUUGUACGUAUGCAAGGGCGUGAUCAUCGGUUCAGCUUUGAGUGGUAUGCUUCUUAUUUUGAGUUUCAUAGAAUUGAAGCUUUUAUGCGAAAAAAGGACUAUGGUAUCUUGCAAUGGCAAAUCAUCUUAGACCGACUGGAUGAUACACCGCAAGCGAGUCUGGAAAUUCGUUUACUUCGAUCAUCCCCAAGAGAUGAUGUUCUGUCCAAUUGUUCUUUGACAGAACGAUUAGAGAGCUUUUUCCUCAUUGGACCAGAAAAUAAACAGCUGGCACGAAUUGAGUUCCUGGAUAAUUUGGAUGGGUUCGAGCGAAGUAUCACUGCCGGAAAAGUAAUUAAAUUUGUGGACCGUUGGCAUUGAGUUGGGUUUGAAUGGCUAAGGUUACGAAGUUGCGAAUUGCUGGUGAGACAUUGGGGUUCAAAACACAAUAGAGCAAAUAUAAUCAAAAUCGAUGCCGUUACCGGUUGAUUCGUGCUCGAAUGAUCUGUUCCACUUCCUUGCAUGUAUGCUUUCUGCUGAUAAGUAUGUCUGCGCGAUAACUAUCUUGGGCUGCAACAGUUGAUGAUGUUGAUGACAUAGACGGUGAGG